AUGCCUGGUAGCUCAGAAAGCCAAUAUAUCAGACUUGAAGUCAUCAACGGAAAGAAUCUUCGAGUCCCCUCCUGGCGCAUUCCCGCUGGCAUUUAUGUGUCCAUCAAUGUCGACCUGAGGAGACGCUGGAAAUUGGCCAUUAGUGUCUUAUCAUCCCACGAAUCUGUAGCAUGGGGUAAUAUUGUCAUCACAUUUUUUUUACCAGUGAUAUCAAUGGAGAUCAGAGCAUCCUAUGAGCUCGGUCGAAUACCAGGUGGUGGAGAGCUCAUCGGAGAACUCCAAAUGUCGUGGGAUGAGCUAUUUGAUCUAUCCUUCCCACUCGUGCGAGGCGUUCACCCUUCCAUCACACUGAAGGUUGCCGUUGUACAUUAUGACGAUCAGGAUAGUGCACUGUUUGAUUCGCUCGUAGACUUCGAGAUUGCUCGAGAGAUAGAUGUGGGCCACGCACAAUUUGCCUCAUGCGACGAGCAAGACAGUCUCUCACCUGAAUGCUUCUGUAGAGCAUUUUCACUCUCAUCGACCUCGCAUGGGCCCGCCUUGAAGGCUACGCCUGAAAUGAUCUUCAAGACAUCGAUGCCACCACUUCUCUUCCGUGACGCCCUUGCAUUGCGAGCGCUGACUUGGCGCCACUACAAGAAAAGUACCGCUGCCGACAUCCGCGAAGCCGCCCAACUCUAUCAUGAGCUACUGCCUCUCUGUCCAAAGGGCACAUACCUUCGUAGCAUUGCGGCAGGGAGAAAUGGUGUCAAUUAUGUGAUCAACGGAUGCAACAAUCUUCCAAAAGACGCAUCUGAUGAAGGCAUCCACCUUCGAAGCGUCGUCCUCGAGCUCUGUCCUCUAGGCCAUCAACUUCGUCCCAGAGCCCUCAUUGAGCUUGCACAUGCAGUUGCAGCACGCCUUGACCAGCACGGUAGCAUCGAUGAUCUUGACAUGAGCAUACGGCUUGGUCAUGAAGCCGUGUCUCUGCACCCCGAGGGACAUGCUAGCCGUGAUUUCUACUUGAACAACUUUGCUUGUACACUCGCGUCCCGCUUCAGGCACCAAGGCAAACCUAGUGACCUUGAUGAGGCCAUAUCUUUGCACGAAAAAGCGCUGCGCCUGCGUCCUGUUGAACACGAGUCUCGAUUGAUCAACCUAGGGCUCGCCCUCGUCGCCCGUUUCAACACACGCAACGAUUUUGACGACAUCAAUCGAGCUAUCAGCCUCCUUGGCGAGGCACUGACAUCACACCCACCCGAGCAUCCACAUCGUGACAUCACACUUAACAACCUUGCCCUCGCGCUCGAAAUCAGAUAUAACAAAUUGUAUGUUAGUGAGGAUCUUAACGAGGCCAUUGAUCGGUGUCACGAAUCGCUUCGGUUAAAGCGGCUUGGCGAUCCAGAGCACCAUAGAACUCUUUUGGAUUUGAGCUCGGCACUCUGCUCUCGUUUCACGCAAACUCAGAAGAACGAAGAUGUUUGGGAGGCCAUUACUCUUUGUCAAGAAUCGUUGGCAGCUCUGUCUUCGCUACACCCGGACAGGUAUUUCACCUACAUGCGGCUGCAGAAGGCUUAUUUAUCUCGUUAUCGGAUUAUACACGACCCUGCUGAUUUGGCGCUCGCUAUAGAGAACUUCAGACUCGCAUCAGGAUAUCCUACUAAAGGCUUUCCGAAUCGUAUUUGA